GCGGGGAGCAGAACGCGGAAGCGGCUUCGAGGGGAGCGGCGGAGCGCGGCGUCGCCGCCGGGCCGACCCCGCGGCGAGGCGAGGCUGAGGCGAGGCCAUGUCGUCCGAUUUCGAGAGCUACGAGCAGGACUUCGCCGUGCUGACGGCCGACAUCACGGGCAGGAUCGGCCGGGUGCCCAAGCUGCUCGGAGAUGAAAAGAAGCAGAUGGUUGCAAAUAUUGAGAAGCAGCUUGAAGAAGCAAGGGAACUGCUUGAGCAGAUGGAGCUUGAAGUCCGAGAGAUCCCACCUCAAAGUCGGGGAAUGUACAGCAGUCGAAUGAGAAGCUACAAACAAGAAAUGGGAAAACUUGAAGCUGAUUUCAAAAGGUCACGGAUCGCCUACAGUGAUGAGGUGCGGAAUGAGCUCCUAGGGGAUGACGGGAAUUCCUCAGAGAACCAGAGGGCACAUCUGCUCGAUAACACAGAGAGGCUGGAAAGGUCAUCUCGGAGACUAGAGGCUGGAUACCAAAUAGCAGUGGAAACCGAGCAGAUUGGACAGGAGAUGCUGGAAAACCUCAGCCAUGACAGAGAGAAGAUCCAGCGUGCUCGGGAAAGGCUUAGAGAAACAGAUGCAAACCUGGGAAAGAGCUCCAGGAUACUGACAGGGAUGUUGCGAAGGAUCAUCCAAAACCGAAUUUUGGUCGUUAUUCUGGCAGUCUUCAUCAUCCUCACCACCGCAGCAGCUAUUUUUUUUUCUGUCCAGGGACGCUGAUAUCUUUAUUCUGCAACAAACUGCUUGUUCUGAGUAAUUAAGACAAAGUGGUCACAUGAAUCAUUCUCUUGCACUGACAGAGUCUCCUUCUCUUUUCCACUAUUCAACUCAGGUGCAAGUGGUGUAAAAUACUUUAUAUUAUUGAUGGCAUAGUUGAUGGCAUGUGGCGUUGAUUAUUUUUCUUGUUCUUCUUUUUUUUUUUUUUUGUCUUUAUCUGAGUGUUUUUGGAAUCUUAAUAUUCGUUUGGGGGAGGGCUUGCUCCAAUAUCAAAAGGCCUAACGUGUCCAAUUCUACCCCAGACAAUUGGUAUGUAAGCUGCAAGAGUUUAGAGAGCUAAAGGGGAUCUUUGCACUUUUCUUGUGCUAUGUGGGGUGUAUGAAUAUCAAGCAGUACCUGACCUUAUGUGAUAUAGAAUAUAAGUAAAGCACAGACCAACGAUGUAGAAAGUGAACCUGUCUCCUGUGACUAACUACUGAUCAUGAAUCAUUGUAAUAGAUGUAACCUGGUUAGGAACGGUAGUUGUAAAAAGUGAGCAACCUAGAAGAUGUUUGAUAUCUGAUGUGGAUCCAACACACUAUUUAACUUCUUUUUUUUUUUUUUUUUUUUUUUAAAUUAAACUUUCUUUUCUGCUUAUUCAAAACAAUUCUGUUUUCAUCUAGAUCAUGAUAAAGCAUCACUUGCUGAAAAUAUAGUUGUGACCGCGGCCCAUAUGUUGAAUCUGUUUCGAAUCUUCCGGUGUUUAUAUAUGUGCUACCAAGUGUACAUGCCAGACCUUUAUUAAAAGUGUAUAAAGAUAUUAAUCUAUUCAUUGUUGAUUGAACAGAGAUCCUAAAUAAUAGUUCAGUGACAAACACAUGAUUACUGUACAUUAACCCAAAAUCUAGAUUUUGCAUCUUGGCCUGUGUUGACGCCAGGUGAAAAUAUCUUCAGUCUAAUAAAUUCUGAUGUGAUGUUCCCCUUUUUAAACAGCAGCUGUAAAAAUGUUCGUUUAUACAUGCUUUUAGCUGAUGCAAUAUAUCAGAGUUUCAUCUACCAGGUUACCUGUGUGUAAAUGAGGUGUGUUUCUCGUUUCUUGUUGGCUCUGUCUCACCUAUAGCAGUGUCUGUGUCAUUUGAAUUACAGUUCCUGCAAGGAUCAUUUUUCUGGUGAUGUGGUAAUUUUCAUAAGAAUUUUUCAAUUUAUUAUAGAUAAUCUCUUCCAAAUACUACAAAUUGAGAAGGAUUUUAACUUAAAAUAUUUUCCUGCAGACACUCAGUGAAAAAAAUCUGAUGGCUUUCAGAUUCCCUGAAAAUUGAGUAGCAAGUGAGCACCAAAUUAUCAAAUGUCUUUGUGAUCUUUGGGGUUUCUGCAUCUCUGCAGUCUCUGCCGAUGUGCUGUGCUGUCUCUGGGAUUGAUUUGGGGAUAAACACCUGAGAGUUGAUUGGGGCCCUAAGUGUGUCCCAUCCUUCCUACAUAACAGAAAUUAAUAACUCAGCUAAAAGGAUGUUGGUAUUGAUACAAGAGCUAAGAUUUAGAAGUAUGCUGAUAAAUGCAGAAUAAAAAGAACAAGAAGAAAAAAUGGAACUCAUUGAAACCAGUUAAAGCACGUGUGGUCAGGUGUGGGUUUUUGAAGUUUCAUACAACUUGCAUCUCAGUUCUAAAGUGGUUUCUCUGCCAGGUUUCUCUGCUUACUCUUGUCAGUGGCUGUAGGGUUGGUACAAAAGUUCCUGGGUAAUCCAAAGCCAUGUAUUUAUUUGGGAAAUGUUGUGCUGUACAGUGCUGCUUGGUCAAGUUCAGCUGCUUCUGUCUGCAGCCCAGCAAUGCAACAAGGCAGCAGGACUCCCUUGCCACCUACAAGUCUCCUUGGGAGACCCCCUCCUCUCGUAUUUGCAAGGUGUGAGGUAGGUAUCCUGUGACUCUCAAGCAUGGAAAGAUUCAGAUGUUGAGCAUGGAGUGUGGAGGCUGCCUGACCUUUAGUCACAACAUGCAUUCAAAUUAAGAGUUUAAGUUUGUGUAGCUUCAGGUAUGGCAUGAGCUAACUUCAGGCAAAUUAGGGAGAAGCCUAGCAGUGUUAGAAGGUAUUUAUCCUCUCCUAAGCAAAUUAGAAGAUGCAUAUUUUGUAAAACGGAAAACUGUCAAGAAGGGAACCUUAAGCUCCAUCUGUUACCUAGACAUUUUCAGCAUUGCCUCAAUAAUUUAACUAUCAUGGGGAUUGAUUCAUGACUACUGAUCUUAACAGUGACCUAUGACUAGGUUUUGCCCUCCAUCUAGCCACCUGCUGGAAUCAGCAAAAAGCUGAAAGAAAACGAGUUUUCCUUAUCCCAGUAUAAAUCUAGGGCAUAGUGUCACAUCAGAUACAUCCACUCAGAUGGGAAUGAGGGAGAGAGAGAGUCUGCCACGUGAAGCCUUCAUCUUCACUUUUGAUGAACCUGCCAUUGCCAUGUUUCUUGUGCUAACCUGUUAAUAACUUCUCCGUGCCUGCUUUGCAUGCUCACAUAUUCCCCAUGUGUAAAAUAUUGCUCGAGUGGAAGUUCUGCUCUGCAAAACGCAACGGGUGUGUGCUCUGUCCCAAAACCCUCCAGCACACGGGUGAGCUGCUCCAGGUGCUCUCGUGUUGGUGGGGAUGCAGUGACUUUGCUGCAGUGUGUGGGCUGCGGCACGGGAAGCAAAAUGCCCGCAGGUAGGGUGACAUCCCCUGGGCUCAGCCUCCCCCCGAACUGGUUUUGUCACAUCUGCAGUGCAUCCGUGAAUGGAUACAAGUGCUCACGAGUGUAUACCUCAAAGAGUGAGAUGUUUCUAAGGUUGCCAGCCUUUGUUGGAAAACGACAAAUUAAAAAACACGCACGUGGUGCUGUGUGCGGAAUUCGUCCUUGCUAAACAGCUGCACUUGCAGAAUAAAUAAACUAAUUCCGUGCUGAAACAAAAUCAAAAGCAAUUUAAUUAAAGACUCUUAAGUUUUAAAGGGUUUUAAAUGCUCUACGUUUUGGGGAAAUAUCAGAAAAUGUAGCUUGACUGACGUCAGUUCCCAUCUCUGGGAUGGGAGGCCAUUUGCUAUUCUGUUUAAGGCAGCCUGGAUUGUCUUAUUUUGGAGCCAGCUUGGUGGGGGGUUUUCUUUGCUGCUGCUUCAGAGCUCUGAGCUUCAAAGGCUGAAAUUAAUGGUGAACAAAAUUGUGCGGCUCUGACCAUCCCAUGCGGGGCAAACCCAUCGAGGGUUAUCAUUAAGUAAAGAAAUAAAGAAAAAAAAAACCUGCCAGUUCCAAAAAAACCUCAUCAGAUAAUGACCUCUGUGAUUGGGUUUUCAUUACCAAACAGCAUCCAGAGAUUGUCUGCCCCAUAGAAAAAAAAAAAAAAGAAAA